UUCUAUCGUCACACCAGCGGACGCUGGCUUUGGGCUGAAGACACUCGUCUCCAAGAGCGAUACAAGAGAUUCAAUGUCCCUGGCUUGAAGCAACUCGCUGCAAGUGCCAGUGGAGCGCGCUCAUGCGUCGACAUCAUCAAGCUCGCGGAGGGAGGAUUCAACAAGGUCUUCCGGCUCUCGAUGGACAACGGCGCUGUCGUGAUUGCAAGGAUCCCAAAUCCGAACGUUGGUCCAGCAUGCAAAGUCAUCGCAUCCGAGGUCGCGACGAUGGACUUUGUGCGGAAUGUCGUUGGAAUCCCAGUGCCGAAGGUCCUGGCAUGGGACGGCGGAACCUCCAACAGUGCAGAAUCCGAAUAUAUCCUGAUGGAAGUUGCCACGGGAACACAAUUGGACGAAGUGUGGACGGAUAUGGAUCUGAGCGACAAAUUCAAGGUGGUGGACGCCCUUGUUGCUGUACAG